AUGGUGUCCAAUAUCAACUUCCAGAAGCAGCUGCGCCGUAUGACUUCCGGGUGGAAGAGCGGCCCCAACGGCCAUGACCACGGCCGCGCCGGAGCCGGCUCCGAGGCCGUCGACGCCGUCGACGAGCGGUCACCCCUGAUCAGCCUCAACAACCGCCCGGCGGAGAACAACCGCAGCCUGGCGCACCGCAUCCUGCUCGACCGGCGCCGGACACCCGGCAUGGACAGCGACAGGCGCUCCGUGCGGUGGCUGGCCCAUACCUUUAAUGUAGUCAAGGCUACGCUGCUGAGCAGCCCCGUCAACAUCCUUCUCUUCUUCGUCCCGCUAGGGAUCGUUGCCGGCAAUGUGGGAUGGAGCCCUACCGCGGUCUUUACCCUCAACUUCUUCGCCAUCAUCCCGCUGGCGGCUGUGCUGUCGUACGCGACAGAGGAGAUAUCUAUUCGGCUCGGCGAGACACUAGGCGGCCUGCUGAACGCCACGUUCGGCAACGCUGUCGAGCUGAUCGUCUCCAUCGUCGCUCUGAACCAGGGCCAGAUCGAGGUCGUGCAGUCCUCCAUGCUGGGCUCCAUCUUGUCCAACUUGCUCCUCGUCAUGGGCAUGUGCUUCUUCCUCGGGGGCAUCUUCAACAUGCGGGACAGUGCCGGCAACGGGACCGAGCAGAGCUUUGCCUCCGCUACGGCGCAGACCACUUGCUCUCUCAUGACUCUGUCCUCUGCUUCUCUGAUCAUCCCGACUACGCUGUACGGCGUCCUCGGCUCGUCCAAGAAGAAGGACAGGGAGGAGUCCAUCCUCCUGCUCUCGCGCGGCACCUCCAUCAUCCUGCUCAUCCUCUACGUCAUGUACCUGGUCUUCCAGCUGCGCACACACCAGAACCUCUUCACCGACGAGGAGGCCGUCGCGCACCGUAACGCCGCCUCGGGCAUCCAGAACGGCGGCGGCGCCGACGCCGUGGCGGGCGGGGACGAGGACGCCGAGGACGACGAGGAGCACAUGAGCCCCUGGUCGGCCGCCGCCGUGCUCGUCGUCGUGACCGUCAUCAUCGCCGUCUGCGCCGAGUACCUCGUCGACAGCAUCGACGCCAUCGUCGAGACGGGCCACAUCUCCAAGAACUUCAUCGGGCUCAUCCUCAUCCCCAUCGUCGGCAACGCCGCCGAGCACGUCACGGCCUGCGUCGUCGCCGUCCGCAACAAGAUGGACCUGGCCAUGGGCGUCGCCAUCGGCUCCAGCAUCCAGAUCGCCCUGCUCGUCACCCCCUUCCUCGUCAUCCUCGGCUGGCUCGUCCUCGACCAGCCCAUGACGCUGCACUUUGAGACUUUCGAGACGGUCGCCUUUGCCCUGAGCGUCCUCGUCGUCACCUACACGGUCCAGGACGGCAAGUCCAACUACCUCGAGGGUGCUAUGGUGAGUUUCUAUUUCCCUUUGGUCGCUUCGACUCCGGAGACAGAAGAGCUUUGUCGUUUUGAGAAUCCAAAUAAGCUGACCCAGAAUGUACCUUUGAAGUUGUUCGGCCUCUACCUCAUCAUUGCCAUCGCCUUCUACGCCGCUCCAAACGACGCUCUCGACAAGGCUUCCGAGUGGCUAGGCUCUAGCUAA